AUGGAUGCUGGUCGUGUGCCCCAUAGCUUCCAGAGAUUAAGCCCAGGACCUGAUGCUUAUAACCUCCAGACAUCUCUACUUUACAAGCACGAUUUUAACAGAGGAGAAUCCAGAAUGUUUCGUCUGCCUGUUGCAGUAAAGAGGGAAAAACCAAAAAAUGAAAAUCCUGCACCAAAUCAAUAUGAUGUGUCUUAUAGUGGCGUGGACAAAAAUUCAACCGUUUCAGCUCAAAGUGCAUUUCGCUCUAAAACCAGACGGAGUGCCAGUGUCUCAGACAACUUUAAAGGACCCUCUCCCUGCCACUAUAACGUGAGUGACGCUUCGCUCCAGAAGAUGCCUCAAGUUCCUUUCUCCUGUUUUAAAUCCACCACUUCCCGGAUCCAGUCACCAGUGAGGAACAACAUCCCGGGUCCCGGGACCUAUAACCCCUAUCAACCACCAGAACCUGUGAAGAGAACCGUUCUGCCAAGGAGACACUUCUUGGGAUUAUCAGCGCCACCUCUGAUACCCACCAAAGACCCACCCUUCCCAGGCCCGGGACAUUAUGACAUAGUGAACUACAAUCGUCCGGUCAAACACCUCGUAUCUAGCGCUGCCUUCCUGUCUGGGACAAGCAGGUGGAUACAGGACGUCAAAGGACAGGAUAUGCCUGGUCCAGGUUUCUAUGAACCCAUGGUCCUUUCAAAGACGUCGUUCUUGUAUAAUCCUGCAAAAAUGUGGAUACCAGCUUAA